UGGCUAAGAACACGGAUCACUCUUCAUCAGUUUGCCUUCAGCUUGCCCCAUCACUUCAUCUCCAUCAUGAAGUUGUCGGCUGUGUUCCUGAUGGUUUUCUCCAUGAUGGCUCUGACCAGUGGUUUCCAGUACCACAUUUGCAGUUACCGACCUUUCUACUUCCCUCGUGUUAAGUUGUGUCCUCCUGGCUGGACGAAAAUCAGAGGUCGCUGCUUUCUCUAUGUUGCCAGAGCCAGGACUUGGGCUGAUGCUGAGAAAAUUGUUGUGCAUUUUUUUGUAGAAAAAUGUCUGUCCAUGGGAGCAAACCUUGCAUCAGUUCGUAACGCGUAUGAGUAUCGAUGGGUUCAGGCUCUGAUACGUGCAAGAAGUCGCAGGUCUGGAGAAACAUGGCUGGGAGGCUCUGAUGCACAGCAGGAGAGAACGUGGCUGUGGAGCGAUGGAACUCCGAUGAGGUACACAAACUGGUGUCGAGGGCAGCCUGAUAAUGCCAGACGCAGCCAGCACUGUUUGCAGAUGAACUGGUCAGGCCGCAAGUGCUGGGAUGACUUGUGGUGUAAUUACAAGCGUCCUUCGGUCUGCAUGAAGAAACUCUGAAAACUGUGAAGUUACUAAAAAGGCCUGAUGUGUUGAACAGAACCAGUGGAGGAUCAGAGCUGCUGUUUCUGUUUUCCUGCCUUUUUGCAUCUUCAUAGAAAACCCAAAAGAUAUUCUGCUUCUCUACUUUCUAUCAUUUCUCUGUUUAAUGCAACCUAAGCAAUGAAGCGACAAGCAAACAGCAGCUGGAUUGUCUCUCUGUAAUAAAAUCAGACUGAAUGAGUUUUAAGAAAGAACCUUUUAUGCAAAACUUUCUUCUAUUCUUUGGCUGAGCAAAAAUAAAACUUUGAGCAAUCAAAACAA